AUGCGGGUCCUUUUUUCUACACUUUUGCUAGUGUGGACUGUGCAGGUGCGUGCACUGGCAUCUUCGAGCGGCCACGGCGCAAUACCCAAUCCGCGUCUGCGUGGCGCAGUGCCGACGCCCGCAACGCCUGUACGGCGUGCAGCAGUCGCCGCGCCGACGCUAUCUGCACGCGGCGCCGACGAUGACAAGCCUGCGGGUGGCCUCACCGUGACCCAUCCCCCACAAACCGACCAACUCUCCUACUUCAAGAUUGCGCCGCACGUGUCUGUUACGUUUGGCUGGUCGUAUACCUCGCUUUCUACCACACCGGAAAAGCUGUACAUUGUUGCAUCCUGCUCCCAGAACGGGAAUACAUACCCCAUUGCGCCUUCCCCAGCUGGCAUUCCCGCAACACAGACGAGCGUGACAUGGUACCCAUACGGCUACCGCACGCAAGCACUUGCGCAGGGUCUACCCGAUCUAGACGGCGCCAAGUACAGACUGAUGAUUUAUGACGAUAAUGGGCCCGACGCUGUCCCGCUCGGCGGCCACUUUGCGCCGAACAAUGCGGUUGAGUUCUCGUUGUACUACCCGAAACACUAUACUCCUCUUUCUGAGUGGCAGUGCAGCUCGUGCAAUGCCGCAUCUGGACUUGAUUCUCGCUCGCCUUUUGCGAUUGCUGCGCUUUGCACCUUGCUCCUGCUCGCGUGCUCAGCCCUGUGGAUCGUACCGCUGCCGUAG